AUGUCCUUCUCUGGAAAAUACGAGGUUGAAUCCCAGGAGAACUAUGACGCCUUCAUGAAACAUAUUGGCAUUCCUGAUGAACAAAUUGAGAAAGGAAGAAACUACAAAUACACCACAGAGGUUGUCCAGAAUGGUGAUGAGUUCACCUGGUCUGAAAUAUAUCCAGGACACACAUCCACCAAUAAGUUUGUUGUCGGCCAAGAGUCGGACUUAGAGACAACAGGUGGCAAGAAAUUUAAGGCUACUGUGAGAUUGGAAGGUGGAAAACUUGUUGUGGAUUUCCCAAAAUAUCAUCACACUUCCGAGAUUGCUGGUGGAAAGCUGAUUGAAACCUCAGUAUGCGGUGGAAUCACCUUUAAGAGAAUCAGUAAGAAAGUAGCAUAG